AGCUUGGCGCGCUAAUGCUACCACCGCCUCCAGAGAGUGAGCAGAACCAGGAGGAAAAGCAGCAGCAGCAGUAGCGUCAGCAGUGGCAGCAGAGUAGCAGCCGCGCGCGAGUUGCUUUGAAACCGCGUACGAAAGUAAGAGAAGCUUGUUGUUAGUCAGCCUCUGACAGCGGUUGUCGGAACACAGAAAACUCGGCCACGAACCCGUCGCGGAAAGUAUAGUUUUCUUCUGGCAUUCGUUCUCGUUCGUUCUCAUUCGUAUAAGCCCCGAGUCGACGGAUCAAUCGUUUCGAGUUUCCACCGAGAGUUUCACACACAGGCACGCGCCCUUCAGUUCCGUGUUUUACAACAGUGCAUAUAUAUAUAUAUAUACACAUGUAUGUAUGUAUGUCUGCAUAUAUACAGAAGCGUGUACUCCGAGUAGUGUCCGUGUGUCGGUUCAUUUAACUACGUCGACGUCGACGGAAAACGCGAGAUAUUACAACGCGCGCGCGCGCGUUAACUAGGAGGUAUUAGUGGUACACGAGCUCGUGCACCGACGGACUUUGUCCACCCUUGAUCGAUGGUUCGAUGAAGCUGCAGUGUGUCUGACUGGACCGGAACCAAGGUUUUCCGAACAAUAUUCAUCGUCCCGGUGUCGUCUCCGCUCCGAUUCGUACCGAAUCCAUGUGACUUUGACUCCAACGCAAGUGCAGUUCUUCAAGCCUCCGGGUAACGGGGUGUUCGCGAUACAAAGAGCAAGAUCGUUUCGUUACCAGUGUUAGACGGUUCGAAAGUAAGAAAAUAACGAGGACGUCGAAGGUCGGCAGUGUUUUCCAUCCGCGGACUACCAAGACUCGUCAAUAAGGAACAUUGCGCCGAGUCGUUGAGGACUUUGACGAGAGAUUCCGCAGAUUAUCUCCGUUCGACGGUGUCUCCUGGUGACUUCGUGCAGCGCAGAGUGGCGCCAAUAAGACCGGCGCUAGUGUGUUCGGAUGUCCGAUUGUCAGGUCGAGUCGAGCGGGCGCUCGACUGUUAACCGUCGUCACUCGUCCCUUGGGUGUCAGGGUCAACGGGGCCGCGUCCUGACAUUCGCCGUGGUUGCGGUAGAAGAGGCCGCGCUGUAGAUGUAAGAAGGUCGACGAACGACCGUUUUCGAUUGCAGUGAAAGAAAGAGAAAACGCAAGAGGGAAACACGCGAAAAGAGAACAAUUCUGAGGAGCGAAGGAAGUGAGGGAAGUAAAGUGAUUGCAUAACAAGGAGGACAGAAAGACGAUCGGAUGGUAAUAGUGGUGAUAUUAAUCAUGUCGGGUCUUUUGUACACGCUUCUUGGUCUGGCGGCCAGUUCGACGUUGCACUGUGCGGUUCGCCGAGAGAUCAGCCCGUGCACGUGUCGUCGACAGGAAUUCGGGACCAUGGCGGUGUUACAUGGAAACGGAAAUGGAAACCCAACGACAACGGAACUGAUACAUGUCGAAUGCGAGCAGAUGCAGUCGUUCAAUCAAGUCGCCGAAGCGCUCCGCGGUAGAUUCGUACCCGAGCAGCAAAUCACCCUGAAAGUCACCUAUUCGCAUCUUCACGACAUCUCAAGGCAUGACUUUAAGGAGCUGCGGAUGACAAUUACCAACCUUCAACUCAACUACAACAAUCUCGGAUUUUUGGACGGAGAUGCCUUUGCCGGCCUUGGGAGAACGAUGUAUUUCAGUCUUGCCGACAACGAGGUUCCCGCAAUUCCAAAGCACGUGUUGUUGCAUUUGCCUUUGCUUCGGACCUUCGACAUGGGAAGGAACAGAAUCAUGCGCGUAGAAGCGGACGACUUCAAGUAUAAUCCUGACCUUCACCACCUCGUGCUUGUGGACAAUCUUUUGACGGAACUCGAUCCCGGUUCGUUGCCACCUCUCCUGAAGCAUCUUCACCUGGGAAGAAAUAACUUGGGUUCCCUCAAUCGUACGCUGAGGGAAUUGAAUCAGCUCGAAUGGCUGCUGUUGAACGAAAAUGUGCUAACGUCUUUGGACGGCGAACUGCCGACAGUGGGACGUAAUCUGAAACUGUUGCAUCUCGCCAACAACAAGCUGACCCAUCUACCGCCCGAACUCCGAUUCUUCCACCGUCUGGAUCACCUUUUUCUAAAUAAUAAUAAAAUUCAAAGUCUCGAUGGAAGGCUGCAAAAUGCACGCCGCUUGGAAAAACUCGACAUUUCCUGCAACGAAAUACAAGAGCUUGCAGAAGACGAGUUCACGGAAGCCGAGAGUCUGGAAGAACUGCAAUUGGGUUACAAUUCUAUCAAGUCCCUCGGACGUGGGAUUGGGAACGAGAACGGUAACAGCGCCCUGCUUCCGCUUCGUUCCUUGAGGAUCCUUAAUUUGACUCACAACGAAUUGCGCGAGUUCUCGUUCUCGGAUUUACGCGGUUUGCGCAAGCUGUUCUUUGUCGAUCUCUCCCACAACAGGAUCACCUAUCUGAUGAAGGGUUGGACUCCGACCGAGAACCUGGUCGAAAUGGAGGGCGAAGAGAUUGCCGGGUCGAGUGUGUUCGAAUUUCGACUACAGCACAACAAGCUGAACACCCUCGAGGGCUCGUUGUUCAUGGGAAUGCGCUCACUGCAGAGAUUAAAUCUGAGCCAUAACGCCUUGGGACCGAGCCUCGGACCUCGCGAUCUUAAGGGUCUGAACGCUCUUCGCGUCUUGGACAUAUCUCACAACGCGCUGACGACCCUCGAAGACACAAGCGAGAAUUGGCUUCCGUCCCUGGAGGAGCUGAACGCGUCUCACAACCGUUUGGUCGUACUUUCGGAGCACGAUUUCCGCGGGCUUCCGGUUCUCUGCUGGGCCGAUUUGAGCGCUAAUUGGAUACGAUCAAUCGCCGCAGAGCUCGUUUCAAACACGAGAUGUACGGUACACGGCGUACCUGACGUACUUCGUAUAUAUCUUCAAGAUAACCCGGUGCUGUGCGACCCCGGCAUAGCAAACAUCACCGUUGCUUUUGAGGUGAAUCACGCCAAGCCUUACGGGGUGGCAAACGAUUGUCCGACAACCCCGGCAACGCCAAGUGCGCCAACAUCCCCCUUACCUCCACUUCCGCCGACUUUGUUUUUGACCGCCGCUGGCGGUAAUGUAUCCUUUGCCGCGACGCUUGAGUAAUUAGUUGAUAUAUUAUGCAAAUUCAUAUUACGAAGGCCUGCGUACUACCUAGUCGAGACCUCACAGUAAUGGCCGAUGGAGGGCCAAUUCCGAUAUAAUCACCGCCACACUUCCCGUAGCCUUUAAAAAAGAAGAGGAAGUGAACGUUUGAAAAAAAAAACAAAAAAAAAAAAACAAAACAUAAUAAUAAAUGACCACGAAUCGCCUAUGUAAGGUUUUGAUACGUAUAACGCAUAUUUAUGUCUCGCGUUUACGACUAAUCAUCUGCAACCGAUGAUAAAUUUUAAUCGAUUUUUCUGUAAAUUUAUCGCAUGUGUUGCACAGGCGGUAUGUCUGUCCGCAACAAGUUGGCAAGGGACUCGACUACGCGCGAGAUGCUGCGCUGUAUUGUUUGAAUAACGAUAAAUUCGAAAUCGGUAAAAAAAAUAAAAAAAAAUAAAAAAAAUAAAAAAAAAAAACAAGGAAAAGAAAUACGACUAACAUGACUACCGCGUUGGAUCAACAGUACGAUAUAAAUGUUUCAAGCAGGAGUUGCACAUUUGGUAGUUAAUUAAGAACGCGAUGAAUAAUAUUAAGGGUACAUACGUAUGCAUAUGCGAUAAGAUUCGUUAUGAGCUAUUCAGAUUUCUCGAAUGCAGAAUCACGAGAAAAGAGUUGUAAUUAUGUAAUUCUGUCAAUCUAUACCCAGGACUCGAUACGCUGAGAUCAUCGGAAUAAUGUAACUGCCUGCCACUAACGAACAGCACAAAUACGAAAGGUCUUGUAUGCAAUAAAUUAAGUUCCAUGAUCCGAAUGGUCGCGUCGACCAAUCCUAAUUAAGCGUACCUUCAUACUCUCUCAACAUUGCCGUCGAAUUUCAUUGCUACACUGCACUUGUUCCAUCCCAAAAAGAUUACAAUGUUUCAUUCGGAGAAACAGUGAGAUCAGGACGCCGUCAAACUCCGGUGGAAAAAAUACCUGCUUCAUUGCUUAUACUUUUUGAUUAGUCAUAUUCUUUGAUGAUGACUCGAUCGAGUGGCGCGUAAAAUAAUUUCGUUCGAAUUCUGCGAAUCGCGCUAUAGGUAUUAUAUUAAUUUACACGAUAUUCAACGUAAAUCGUGACGCGCUGUACGAAAGUUUAUCCGUGCGUACGAAACGCCAAGUAAAUUCAGCCUCCGGUAAUAGUGUUGAACUUACAAUCUACCUCUGUCCAUCUCACUGCUUCACGUUAGUUUACAUCGAUUAUUAGAUCGUGCAACAAGCUCAGCGUUUUGUGUUAAAUUCAACGAUUACUUAACUUGUAUUUUAGCAGUAUUUUUAAUAUAUUAAUGAUACGAUUUGUUAUUAGAGUUGGAUAUGAAUAAUGCAUCAAUACUUCACCCGAUAUCGCGAUUCGAAUAAGUUUUUCAGGCAAUAAACCUGGAGGGGAUAUUUGAAUUGUUGCAGAAACAAUUUUUGUAAAUUAAAAAUUUCUCGUUCUCUAUUCAUCCCCUUUUAUUCCAAUUGUUAGUUUGGUCGAGGCAAGGAAACAAUUUUUGAUAACAGGCUUGUUAAUCUACGGUUGUAAAACGUAAGAAAUUUGAAUAUUAAAGUUGGAUGUAUAUUUUUUGCAAAUAUUCGAUAUAUAUUUUUUGAAUGGAAGUUUACUCGAAACCUUCACAUAUACGUAGUAAUACCUGCGUGAUGCAUUAUCAAUGGCAUUGUGACUGUCGAUAUUACAGGGCUUUGAAUUAUUUAACGUAAAGUAAUCUUCGGAUAAAGAGAAAGAGAAAAAAAAUACCAUUUCAAAUAAGGAUUGCUGCACCUUUGUGUUGCCAAACGUAGCAUAAAUUUUAUGACUCACAAAGCCAAUAAUACGAACAAGGUAACACAUGACAAACUAUUUGACUGUUGCCUCGUUAUUUCUCUCAAUUCACGUAUAAAUUAAAAAUCAGGAUAAGCGCAAAUUCCACCAAGCAAGCCGUAAAACGUCGACUAUAACAAUACUCAAGCUCAGGAAUUAACGGACGAAAAAUUUGUAAGAGGAAUAAUGACCUAGAAGAGGGGAUCUGAGAUACCGAGGUGGAAAAAUAUACAUAAGGAAUAGAACUGGAAGAAAAAAACAAAUCGCACAUAUUGCAAUGUUAUCCACAUUAAGUAUGGAGAGACUAGAUUUAACUGUUGUUUAGAUAAAUACUUUUAUAGCCACUGUAAAUAGUUCUUCCUCUAACACAACCGAAUACUUGGAUGCAGAGAUUGAAUGCACUGACGUGCGUUCAAACUAACGAUCUUCUAAUAUAUAUACACAUGAUAUAUAUAUAUAUGUAUGUGUGUGUGUGUAUAUAUAUAUAUAUAAACACACAUUAUACAUACACUAUCAUCGUCAAAGUGCAUAAUCCAGUCAAUUUGCAGAGACAAAGUGAAUCAGAACAACGUAGUAGUAGGUGCUCAACGAAUCGUAAUUAAAAAAAAAAAAAAAACCAACCUACAGAAUGUAUUUGGAAAUUACACAAGUGUUUUCCCGGAGGUUUUUAUUCCUACGGAUGCUACGUUCUAGUAUUAUCUAGACACACUAACCCCAAUAAUGUUUAGAGAAAAACUUAUUUGUAUAGUAUAAAUUAUUUCAUACAUUAAGUAUAAUUUGUAUUAUUUUUCUUAAAAUGACUGGAUUUGGCGCUUCUUAAUAUCAAAUUGUAGAAUAGAAGUAAGACAGAAAUUAAAAUUGAAAGAAAAAAAAAUAUUUAUCUAACUUGUAAAAGUUUAAUUUUAGUACCGAAGAGCAAACGGCUGGUAUUCUACAGCCUGGCAAUCGAUUAAUUCCCACCAAUAGAAAUUCUAUCGUUAAUUAAAUUACCGAUAGUCAAAUAGAUACGCCCUUGAGGUCAAUGAAAUAAAUAAAAUUAUUUGAUACAUGAUUAUAUUCGAUACAUUGAUUGAUAGUGGGCGAUCAAUUGACCUCCUAACUCGAGCCAACGACGGCAAAAUGUUAAUGGCGUGCGUUAUGAAUACGUAAUCGGCUCGUAACGUAGUAUUCAAGUUCUGCAUUUCAGUUCAAAACGUCGUUGGAAUAUAGUCGUAUAAGGAGACUAAUCUAAAUUUCAUUAUCUGGUUUAAUGUAUUUUAUUAAAUCAAAUAAUUCUAAAACAUUGUUUAAUAUGGAAUGUAGAAUUCAGCCGUUAGUGCCGACUGCUAGCUUAAUUAGCUAGGACGCAACGUCAAACUAACUUUACUUCAAGUAUUUUAAGCAAUUGAAUAGGAUACUAUAUAUACUACAUAGGUGCCAUAUAUAUAAAAUAAAGCAGAGACUUGUAUGUAAUUUAGUAUCUAGGUAAUUUUUAUUUAUCCAUGCUGUGAUUUACAGUUGUCAUCAAUUAUAAUCAGAGGGUAACGAUCAUUUGUUAAAAAACUCGCAUCAAAUGAAUUACAUGAAAUGAGACAAAGAAUAAUAUAAUACUAAUUACAGAAGUGAAAGUGACCGUCAACGUACGUCACUAAUACGAGUCAUGUGGUUCUCAAUCUAUGAAGGAAAACGCAAGGAAAAAACAGUUGACUAAGAAUUCAAAGUUUAGCAUGUGGGUGUAAGACCUGCUAAAAAUUUGAUGGAAAUUGUUGAGGUAAACCACACCUUGAAAUACUGCGCGUUUUAAAACAACAACUACAUUUAUUUGAAACAUUUCAUCUACACGAUUCAUACACGCUAAGGGUUGAGGUAAUGAAAAUGUAUUUUGAUUGGACCGUUUCAAGGUUAAUAUAAAUUUAAACGUUAUUCUGUAUAUGUGAUGAGACAAUUAUUAGAUAUUUCAAUUUUUAAUAAUAAAGGCUUUACUCUUUUAAUUCUUUAUCACUUUCACUUUUUUUCAUACACAAAUCUCGAGGUACGACACGCAAAUUUCAUUUUCAAUGAAAUUGUCAAAAUGACCUGCCACCGAUUGCAAUAUUGGGCAAACAACUGUCUCAUUUUAGCUUCCGUCUUCGUUCAACCAAGUUUAUUCAAUUCUUGUGUAGCUCUUUGAAGAUUUCUCGCAAAAGGCAUAAAAAUGCCGUAAUAUCGGAAAUUUCUUGCUGCUUUUCGAAGUUUACAACACAUUUUAAUUGCUCUUGAUGUUCUAGGCUUAAAGAUGGAUGAAUAAGUUCCACUGGAAUAAAAAGCAAAUCUUACUAAAUUCCUGACAAGUUUAUUCUAUUGAUGAUCUGUAGGUAAAAAGAGUGAAUCAAAAUACUGACCUCGCCAUAGAUCAGCUGUUCUAAUCAAGUCCACAUAAUAUUGGGGGCUUACAUCUUUGAGGAGUUCAAAGAAAAUUAUUCGUAUCCGAUCACAGACAUCCGAGGAUUCACUUAUUUCAAUACGAAACUGGAGACCUAAUUUAUAAGCCGAACAAGCUCUCUUUAUUGUAUCCCAUUUCAUUUGUCUCCUUAUUUUUUUUUCCUCUGCAUCUGAAAUUUUGAAUUUCAAUUGAAAUAUUAUUACCACCCAACCAUGUGUGAGUCUUAUCCUGUCACUGUACGAUAAAAUGAGAAAAAUGAUGCUGGAUCGUGAUGAAAAAGAAUGCGACAUGUGUUACACAGAAUGCCAGUAAUGAUAGCAGGGAUGUAACACAAUCGUUCAAUGGACUCUGUUUUGUUUUGACUUAUAAUAGCAUGAAAUAUGAUUCUACCAUUUGUUUUUGAGGAGUGCUAACUUGGUGAUGCAAAAUCAUAGUUCACCUUACAACCGAUUUUAUUAAUUUGGAGAGACAGAUUUAUUUGUAAUAAGAGUUUCUUCAUAUUCUGUUCCACACUGUUACAAUUUCUGAUUCAUAUCAUUCAUAUCAAUAAUUACGUGAAGGUUCAUGUAGUGCCAUAAAAAUGAAACUGACAACCGUUUGUCUUCAUUACACAGAUAACGCUUGAUUCUCAUGGUACUCAUAUCAAAUCCUAGUAUAAACAAGACAUAUCUAGCAACUCAGUUAACAGCUCGGAUGUUAAUUUUACGCUUCGGUUGAGUGAAAAUUUAAGGAAUACCAACAAAUUAGAUUCAAAAAUUGACAAUUGAGAAGUUUUUGCUACUUUUUGAGGUGAAGUUCAUGGAUACAUAGAAAAGAUUAUGGUGAAAAGCUAACUAUGUAACAAAUUAUAGCUGAGAAAGAUCUGUGGAUGAAAGUGCUGCCCUUGAUCUUAUUACCAAACUGCAUGUACGAAAUUGGAAUUUAACAAAUUAGGAGUUCAUAACGAUGUCAAUCAAACCAUUAAUGUUUUCAGUAGAGUUUUUAUUCUGAGGGAAUGCUAUAGUUAGUCUUUACCGACUGAGAAAAUGUCAUUUAUUUAGACUCCUCAGAGCCUAUACAUUACAGAUGUGAAAAUGGUGCAGGUGUUGCAAUUAUUCAUAUAUUGCCAAACAAAAAUAUCAAAAACCACUCAUGUCUCAUGCGAGAAUAAUUCUAGAAAAUAUAAUCCCGCAGAAGGUGGUAAUUACAUCACAGAAAUAAAUUUUCUGGGUUUACUUUAGAGUGAAACAAUAAUAUUUUUGGAUUAUUGUGUUCGACAUUAUAUUGUUACAAAGGGUGAAAUCACCCGUUUUGCCCCCUUUUUAAUGAUCUAGUAGUCAUCAUAGAUAAAAGACGUUUAUAAACCUCUUAUGUCUUUCAAAAGAAUAAGGUUGCUGCGUCAACCAACGUUAUUGUAAAAAACAGUCUUGUUUCAGACUUAAAACCAGAAACACGUACCCUGCCAUUAAAGCUUUUUCUCAACAGUUUA